CUUUUAUUUUUUUUGGAGACUCCAAAAGGAUCCUUCUUCCCUUUCAUGUGCCGCCCCGCUCCAAUCGGAAUCCAGAGGCUGCCUGCAAGUGGUCUAAUCUCAAUGAGGUGUCAAUCAUGUUCCCCGGUGGGUGAAGUAAGGUCUUUUGUAACCGCCUCUGUUACAAGCGAGACUUGAGUCGAGAGGAGAGGAGAGGAGAGAGACGCAGCCAGGGCGCUGAGUUCAGAGCUGCUUUUGCUGCUGCUGCUGCUGCAAGUGUGCAUCUAUCUAUCUAUAGAUCUGCUCCUCUGUGCAUUCCUCCCCGCCUAUAUCUCUUUUCCAUCGUUGCUUUAAUCAAGGAAAGGGGACGGUCGGAGCACAUGGAUUUCUAAAAAGAAGAAGGGAAAGGGACCCUCUUGGAAUUGAGAGAUUGUUGUUGUUGUUGUUGUUCAAGAGAGCCAACAAGCAGGCAGUGAUGUCCCCAGCUCAGCCCUAAAGCCCACUCCCGAUGCCCUCGGGUUUGCAGAUUCAUGCCGAGAGAUGGGGAAACUUCACUCAAAACAUGCUGCUGUUUGUAAACCUCGAGAAAGCCCAGAAGGUGAUAGUUUUGCUGUGAACGCCUCGCUGGCUCGGAAAGGGCUGGAGGACUGGAUGGUGAAGCAGAAAUACUCUGGCAGUGGAAGCAGCAGCGGAGGCAGCAGCCUAGGACUUCAGCAAGGCUGCCAGCACCGGGCUCUUUGCAGGCUGUCUGGUUCCAGGGAUGCAGCUGGUGAAGUUUACAGGGAGGCAAUUGAAAAUGAACACUUUCACCUGGAAGUGGCUUUGCCUCCAGAGAAGACAGAUGGAGUUUGCAGUGGCGAUGAAAAGAAAGUGGAGAAGGAAACUGAUACACGUACCAAUGUCAAGAAGCAGCUAAAAUUUGAGGAAUUGCAAUGUGAUGUGUCCGUUGAGGAAGACAACAGGCAAGAGUGGACCUUCACGCUUUAUGACUUCGACAACAAUGGCAGAGUCACGCGUGAGGACAUCACCAGUUUGCUUCAUACCAUUUAUGAAGUAGUUGAUGCUUCAGUAAACCACUCUCCCAGCUCCAGUAAAACCUUGCGGGUAAAGCUCACUGUAGCUCCAGAUGGGAGUCAGAAGAAGAAAAGUAUCCUACUGAACCAUGCUGAUCUUCAGAGCUCGAGGCACCGAACGGAAAGCAAGGCCAAUGAAGAACUGAGGAGUUGUGAGAAGAAGCAGAGGGGCUCCGUCAGGUACCACCAUGGUGAAGCCAAAACUGAACAGAAUGGAUGCUAUCGUCAUUGUGUUGAUGAAAACAUUGAAAGGAGAAACCACUAUUUGGAUCUUGCAGGAAUAGAAAACUAUACGUCAAAAUUUGGGCCAGGAUCCCCACCAGCGGUUCAAAAACACGACCCGCCCAUCCGAGUCGCAAACCAAACGAGGUCCCGUUCCCACGAGCCAGAAAUCUUCCACGCCCACCAGCGCAGAUCGCCAGCAGCGGACUCCGGCCACGUCAGUUUGAUGGAAGCCUCCUACGCAAAGCUUGCAGAGAUACAGCAGAGGCUGCGGAGCCAAGAUGCGAGCAGGCAUUUUGCAAAGUCUCCCAAAGCUCAGAGCAGAAAUGCCUCUUCCGCCAACGCGGGGAGGGCCGUAAGGAGUAAGCCCGUCCAAGGGGCCUCCGUGCCGAUGGCUUCCCCCACCACGCGGCUGGGCCCAAACCUCCCUUAUCUCCCCAUGCAGCCUCAGCCGGCUUACAAGAAACACAAGCAGAGGGCCAAAGAGACUCACCAAGUCUGCAAAACCUUCCAGCCCCCCGGGACGGUUUUCGAAAAAGAGCAUGUGAGAGACCUGCCUGCUGUCAUCUUGUACGAAGGCCAAGUAGGGCAGAUGAUUCAGAGACACGAGCACCACCACCACCACGAGCACCACCACCACUAUCAUCACUUCUACCAGACAUGAAAUGGACCCCCUGCUGCCGUCCAUUAGCGAACCAUCCUGAUAUGAAGGAAGCCUUUUUAGCUGCCACACUCCGGAAGAAAAGUGUUGUUCUUAUUAACCUUUGUUGCUACUCCAUUAAUAUUCUGCUAGCACCCAUCUUAGGAGUUAUAUGAAAACACUAAGAUUAAUAAUAAUAAUAAU